UUUCCGUGGAACUAUUUAGAGCGCUGCACAGCCAGUUAAAACCAACCUGUCAUGGAUGUUGCUAUCAAACAGCUGGACUCGACAGGAGAGCUUGUAUUUCACUGAUAAUUCGAACAUUUUUUCUUACUCUCUUGCCGUUUUUUCGACGAGUUUUGUAAAGAUCUUGUAGGAGAUGCCUCCCAAUAAACGGCUACAGAAAAAACCGCUGGAAUUAGUAUGUGAGUGGGGUUCGUGUCAGGAGUCGUUCAGUCAAAUGGAAAAAUUCUGCAAGCAUGUGGAGGAGGUUCACUUGGAUGCUCUGAACAUGGCGGAGGAGGAUGAAGAACCACAGGGUGAGAGAAACUGUCUUUGGAGAGACUGCGGGUUCUUCUCUGUGGAAGGUCCCGAAGAGUUCCGGCGACAUCUCUUCUUUCACUGUUACCAUACCAAGCUGAAACAGUUGGGUCAGCAGGCGCUUGAUGGGCAGGCAGAAAUUGGCACGUGCACCUUCGGCUACCAGAACCACAACAUUGUCCCUGAAAUCCCUGACAAUUUCAUCUGUCUGUGGAAUGAGUGUGAGCAACCACCUUAUGAGAAUCCAGAGUGGUUCUACAGACAUGUGGAGCUUCACAGCUUCUCUCUAGACAUUCCUGCAGGUGGCUGUGAAUUCCCAGUACGUUGCGGUUGGAAGGGUUGCGAAGCUACUGCUAAAGGGCGUUAUAAGUUACGCGAGCAUCUACGCAGCCACACCCAGGAGAAGGUAGUGGCCUGUCCAGUUUGUGGAGGGAUGUAUGCCAACAACACAAAGUUCUUUGACCACAUCAUUCGACAGAGUGCCAUGGAAGGCCAACGGUUCCAGUGUUCCCACUGUUCCAAAUGCUUUGCAACAGAGAGACUGCUCAGAGACCACAUGAGGAACCAUGUGAGUUACUACAAGUGCCCGUUGUGUGACAUGACUUGUCCAUCACCUUCAGCGCUGCGCAACCAUAUUAAGUUCCGCCACAGUAACGAGAAGCCAUAUAGCUGUGAAUACUGUGAAUACAGGUGUAAGAAUCUGGUGGAUCUGCGUAAACAUCUGGACAGCCACAGCAGCGGGCCUGGUUACCACUGCCACGUUCCUGGCUGUGAGUUCUCCUCUCGCACCCCUGUCACCUUGAAGUUUCACCAGAAAAGGGAGCAUGAGGGAGAUUUUAUAGCUCGUUACAAGUGCCAUGUGUGCGAUCAGUGCUUCACCAGGGGCAAUAACCUCACAAUCCACCUACACAAGAAACACCAAUUCAAAUGGCCGUCUGGACACCCACGCUUCAGGUACAAGGAGCACGAUGACGGCUUUUUGCGGCUGCAGCUGAUCCGUUACGAGAGCGUGGAGCUGACCGAGCAGCUGAUGCGAGAGAGGCAAAGUGGACACGCCGAGGAGGGCGAAGACUCUCCCAGUGCCGCUCCUUCAGAGAUUCAGGUAGAGCCGAGAGAGCUGAAGCUGGAGGAGCAGAGGACUGAGGCCCCCGCCGUCAGCUGUGACGAGGGCAGUCAGGAAGAGAGCAUGUUGUACUGCGUCCUCACUGGGGGUUUGACACAGGCGGUGGACAACGCCAUCAUACUCCAGUAUCAAGAUACUGCUCAAGAACAAGACAUGCAGACAGUUUGACCCCUUCCACCACUUUGGUGAUCCGUAUGUGAAUACAGUGGUGAAUUGAAAUAAGAGUGAGAAAAAUAGGAGGGGAAGAGAAAAAAGGUAAAACAAAGAAGAGGAAUGAUGCUAACUCAAUAGAAACCAUUAGCAUCGAUAGUUAUGGUUUUAUGACCCUGAAAUAGAUUUUUGAACACAAGCGGUGCAGCAACAAAUGUAGACAGAUCUCAGAAUACUCGCAGGGAUUCUUCAUCCCCUGUGGAAAAGUACUAAUAUUAUUGCAACCUUAAUGAGUCACUGAGAGUAGUGGUGACUCUUCUUCGUUUGUGUCAUUUUGACUAUUAUUCUGCCCCCAGUGGCCAAGGGGGGCACACCAGAAUGAGCAGCACAGUUAAUUGAAUUAAAGCAUUGACGCAUGAUGCACAAACCUUAAUUCUCUGCAUUCUAUGUGUUCUUACUCUUUUUGUAAAGUACAAUAUUAUAGAUUGCUAUUACCUUAUUGAAAAUCAGGUUUGUUUGUUUUUGGGGGGGGGCAGAAUGGAUUAAUAGGUAUUUCCAUUCAUUUCAUGUGGAAAGAUAAUCUGCAAUACGAGUGUCUUGGUUACAAGCGUGGUCUCAGAACGAAUUAAACUCGUAUUUCAAGGCACCACUGUAUACAUUUUUACAAUUUUUAUCCCCCCUGUCUUGCUUGCUCCAGUUGUGGACAACUGGAUUGUCUGUAUUUUUUGUGUAAUUAUAAUUCUAAUUAAUCCAAUGUGAAUGCAUCCUACCUACUAUGUAGAAACCUCACAUAGUUGUAUGAUAAUUUUCCUUAAAAUGACGGUUGACUUAAUAAUUAUGAUGAAUGGCCUCCACACUAUGAUGUGAUGUUUAACAACCACCACAGCCUUAUAUUUAUGUAUACAAAACCUACAUUAAAAUGUGGUUACAAAUA